GGAGGAACCCAUACGAGAAGGGGCGGACCCUUGCUUUUCCGUCGCGUGGGCCGGAAUGUUGCGGGCGGCGAGGGACUGCGAUUCCCACGUGGUGGCUUUCUCUCACUAGCCCACUUUGGUCCUCCUUGACGUCCUGGGCCUGUGGGCUCGCUUCCUGUCGAGAUGCCGAAGGUCAAGUCAGGGGCUGUCGGCCGCCGCCGCAGGCGGCAGGAGCAGCACCGGGAGCUCGGGAGCGCUGGAGGACUCAUGUUCAACACGGGAAUUGGGCAGCACAUUUUGAAAAAUCCUCUCAUUAUUAACAGCAUUAUCGAUAAGGCUGCCUUAAGACCAACUGAUGUGGUGCUAGAAGUUGGACCUGGAACUGGCAACAUGACUGUAAAGUUGUUAGAAAAGGCAAAAAAGGUUGUUGCUUGUGAACUUGACCCAAGGCUAGUAGCUGAACUUCACAAAAGAGUUCAGGGCACGCCUGUGGCCAGCAAACUUCAAAUACUGGUGGGUGAUGUGUUGAAAACAGAUUUGCCAUUCUUUGAUGCUUGUGUGGCAAAUUUGCCUUAUCAGAUCUCGUCGCCUUUUGUCUUCAAGCUGUUGCUACAUCGACCUUUUUUCAGAUGUGCUAUACUUAUGUUUCAAAGAGAAUUUGCCCUCCGACUGGUUGCAAAACCUGGAGAUAAAUUGUACUGCAGACUCUCAAUUAAUACACAGCUCUUGGCACGUGUGGACCAUCUAAUGAAAGUUGGAAAGAAUAACUUCAGACCACCGCCCAAGGUGGAAUCCAGCGUUGUAAGGAUAGAACCUAAGAAUCCACCACCACCCAUCAAUUUUCAGGAAUGGGAUGGUCUAGUAAGGAUAACCUUUGUUAGGAAAAACAAGACACUCUCUGCUGCAUUUAAAUCAAGUGCCGUGCAACAACUCUUGGAAAAAAACUAUAGAAUUCACUGUUCAGUCCAUAAUAUUAUAAUACCAGAAGAUUUCAGCAUAGCAGAUAAAAUACAGCAAAUCCUAACCAGCACAGGCUUUAGUGACAAACGGGCCCGUUCCAUGGACAUAGAUGACUUCAUCAGAUUGCUACAUGGAUUCAACACAGAAGGUAUUCAUUUUUCCUAGGCAUUUGGAAAACAGAAUUUUUUAAGGUCAAGAAAAGAAAUCUACAUUUUUUAUAUUUGAGAAGAUAAUGCUUUUGCUUUACUGAGACAUUCCUUACUUGACUAUUUUUGGUUUAAUACUACUACUGCUGUCACCAUUUAUUAUUCUGAAUUUUUAAGUUGGAAAGUUCUAAGUAUGCAAGUUUUUUUUUUUUUGGUUUUGGUUUAAUAUAUAACAUAGAGCCCAAUCUAUUAAUAAUAAUCUUCACGUUCAGGAGCCGCAGAGACGCACAACUUUAUACUUAAACUUAUCAUUUCUAACAGUUUAUUGUAUAAAGAUGUUACUCUUCUAUUUACUGUGUAAUAUACUGUGAGGCCUUCUUUAGGUCUGUUCCUCCAGUAGUAAAAAAGUUAAAAUAUGCUUCACUAGUCACACAUUCCCCAUACCAUUUCAUGUUAUUCACAUUCCUCAUACCAUUUCUUGUUAUUCACAUGUACAGUAAAACAAUUGUUUCUUAUUUUUAUUUUGCUUUUCUCAUUCUCUUCCCUAUUUAUCCUAUACAAUGUCUGUUAUGAUUGAUUGCCUACCUCUUUCGCUAUCCUGUAGCAUCAUAGACUUAGGGUUCUGGGUAAGCCCGAGUCUGCUACUGCCACUAUGCAGUACCAGGCAUAUUGAGAAGCUAAACUGGAAUGAAAGUAAUAUAAAAUUACCUUUAUCUUUUUAGUUCUUAGGGAGAUAACUUAGCAAACUCUUAAAGGGUUUUAUAAAUUGAAACUGGUUUUAUGUUUGCUUUCAACUUCAGAAAAACAGCCAUUUCCCAUAAUUGUAUUCCUAUGAUUUCUGGAUAACUAAAAUUUCCCAUACUUUUUUCAUAUACCUGGUGCUUAGUUUUAAACUAUUUUAAAACUGUCAGAUUGAGAAUUUCAAUAGAGGUCAUAAACAAGUUUUAUUAGCUACUUAUGUUUAAAUCAAUAUAAUACUAACUGCUGUUAAUAUACUAUAAUAAAGAAUUAUAGUAGCUAUUUUAUUUCUAUAAAAAAUUAAUAAAAAUAUCUUUAUUGA